AUGCAAACCAGUCAGAGCCCGAUUCUGCAGCCGGUUGUGGAUGAGCCAGCUCCCAAGCGUGCCAAGCGACCGCGUGCUGCGCAGGCAUGCGAUCGCUGCAGGACGAAGAAGUACAAGUGCGACGAGCAGUAUCCAUGUUCCCACUGUAGAAAAAGUGCAUUGGAUUGUGUAUAUCAAGGCAACUAUCGAGAGCGCGAAAGCAGCCGGUCUGCCAACUAUAUUGCUGAUCUGGAGAAGAAAGUGGAGGAGCUGGCCUCGAGACUGCGCAACGCCGAGGCCCAAAAUGCAACAUCACCGCAGCCUCCGACGGUGCCAAUGACUCAACUGCCACUCUCUACAGGAAUCGAGACACCGCCGUGCUCUAUGACACAACUUGAAUCUACACCUGGGGAUGCUGCAAAGAUGCCUGGCGAUACGCAGGAGGAGUCGACAGAGGGCGCCGAUGAUGAGAUUAAUGAGCUGAACCAUCACACCAACGGAAUCGAAUUCCACGGGAGCACUUCAUCAGCGGCACUCAUCGGCCAUCUGAAAAAGGCCCGAGCGACAAAAAGCCACGAAGAACGCCUUUCUCGUGCCACAGAUUUCUCAUUGAUCUCCACAUUGCAUAACCCGAGCUUCUCGCCAUCCUGUACCACGGGUCCAGCCCAUCCGACGUUGCUCGCAUCGAUCGAACAACACAAUUAUUAUUUUGACCAGGCGCAUGUCUUCAUGAACGGGUAUUUCGAGAACAUACACUUCAUUCAUCCAUUUAUUGACAAAGAAGACUUCCUGGUACGCGCCAACGACCUAUGGUUCAACCGAGCACGUACGCCCGAACCUAGUUUUGUUGCUUUGUAUUUGAGUGUUCUGUCAUUUGGAUCCCUUGUGCGCGUAUGGGAUGAGAGCACCAUUGCGGGAAUGGGGCGGUUCGAAUGGAGUCGCAAGUUAUUUGGCGAGGCCCAAGCGUAUCUUAAUUAUUUACAAUUUUCGAAUGAUCUUGAGACAGUACAGUGUCUUUACCUGAUGGCGAAAGUUUGCCAAAACGAGCUGAACCCAAAUCUGGCAUAUAUGUAUCUUGGCUUGGCCGUGCGGACCUGCCUUUCGGCGGGGUUUAACAGAGAGGUCCGGUGCCCCAAGGAUCAACGGUCGAGCUGGAUCUCGAGGACGUGGUGGGGCUUGUUCUCGCUGGAAAUCGAAAUGAGCUUUUCUGUUGGUCGACCGGAUACUCUGGGAAUGGACGAGUAUCACAAUCGAGCCAUCCCUGAGCGAGAUGACACUGAGUAUGCCAUCAUUCCUUGGAUGAUCGAUUUUGCUCAGAUUAUUCGACGCGUGUCCGUCCAUAUCUAUCAUUCCCGAAUCACGCUACAGGAGAAGCUACAGCUGGCUCUUCAGAUCGAAAUGGAAAUGGAUCGCUGGCUGGCAAGACUCCCGGAGAAGAUCAAGCCUGACAUUGGCGCAGACAGGCUGUCCCGGAGCGCGCUUCGGGACCCUAAAUGGGCCCGAAGACAACGGCUUGUGCUGGGAAUUCGAUAUUACAACGUGAAGAUGCUCCUUUUCAGACCCUUCUUAAGCCACUUUACUCGCAAACUUCGACAUCCUCCCAGUGAAUUGGAGGAAACCAUCACCAAAUGUCUCGAUGCUGCCAUGAAGACAAUUGAGGUCGUUCAUGACAUUUAUCGAGUCCACACAUUCUUCCGAUGCUGGUGGUAUAAUACAACCUACGUGAUGUUUGCUACAUCGACCCUCCUCCUUCCAAUGUCGAAGCUUGGCAUGUGCGCCGAAACCAUGCCUCUUCUGCGAUCCGUAGAAAUGGGCGUCGAGAUCCUGGAAGCAAUGGACGAAUCCGUCGUGGCCCGCAAAUCGGUGGAAAUAAUCCGGCAGUAUCUUCGAGACUUUAGAUCCUCGGGUGCACAGCAGCCAGUCCCUGGAGCCGAAGAGACCGAAGAGAUGGCUGCAACUGAAUCAGGGCCUGGCAUCGGGUUCGAAAUCCCCGAGUGGGCUUAUGGAUUCGGAUUCCCGGACUACUCUUUUGAUGGGAUUGCGCGGCUGUUUGAUGAUAUUGGAGGGCCCCCUAUGCUAGACGGUUAG